AUGGAGCGAACAACUAUGUCAUGCUUUCCUGAAUAUUCAUUUGAAGAUCCCUAUUAUGACGAAGAGGAGCAACAGGGAGACUACAAUGAUCCAACACAGAUCGAUUACAAUCCUUCUGACCACCUACAUUGUUUCGAAAGCUGCGACCACUCAGACCGUUACAUGUCCUUUCUGGAUUUUAUGGAGCCUCUCCACGAGGUGCAACUCAAAAUAGACGAGGAAUACGCAAAUUUGACACGAGAGUACGUGAGGGUAAAUCGAAUCUACGCGAGGUCACUCAACGAAUUCAUCGGCUCAUCCAUUAAAUUCUCGGCACCGAAACGUCGAAACUGGUUGUGCACUGAUUAUCUGAGCGUUGCCCCUCCUGAUUCAUCUGAUUUAUGCGUCUGCUGCGAUUGUUUUCAAGAGCUCCUUGCAAGUUACCUCGAAUUAGUGAAUGACAUAGAAUUCCAGCAGAAAUACAUCGAAAUCUUCGAGGUCGAGUACUGGGAAUUGGUUGAGAGAACCAUCGCUCUCGUUUGGAAAAUCGACAACAACCAAGUUCAUGCUGAUGAAUUGGCGGCGACGCUGGAUGCGGAAGAUCGUAAAGGUAAGAGGAAUCGUAGGAGACGCUGUUGUUAG